AUGUGCCAAGGUUGCAUCAAACUCAACGUUGCGGAGCCUUCGCAGCUCCCGGAGCUAUACCAGCAAGCACUGGCCAAGCUGAUCGAGCAUGGCAAGAAACUCUUGAAGUACUGCCCCGAGAUGGAGGACUACUAUCGCUCCAUGGGAUAUUGCUACCAUACAUCCCAGCUCAGUAGGCGCGAAGCCAUGGCUGAAUGUAUCAUCCAUGGCCCUCACCUGGUCAACCUGGAGGAAGCCUUUGACCUCGACGACCCAGAGGAUUACCACAUCCUCUUCAAGCCACUGGAGACUAGCAUCACUCUUCUGAAGGAAGUGGUCUCCGAUGCCGAACAUAUCCCCCGCAACACCUCCGCCCCACAACUCGCUGGGCUACUCACCAACUCGCUCCAACCUAAGCUUCACACCGCCCAUACCACGAUCAGCAAUAUGCGGACAUACUUCAGCCGCAUCAACCUGUACACCAACACCCUCCGCUCGGUGAGCUGCCAGUCGAAUGGCACUCACAUUCUCAACGAUAACCGUGAGGUCCCCUGGCACCGCCGCACACACAAUGCGCAGACCGGGCAGUGGGAAUUGGAGUCGAUGGCAGAGGAGUGGACCGAUUAUCUUAAUUGGGCCACUUGUCUGCCGGAGACACAGGUGUGGAUCCAGAAGGGGGAGGAUCCCAAGGAGAUCGCGCUGAGAUGGUUGAAGAACUUCGUGGUUAUGGAUUUCCAGAUGACAGAUAUCAAUUAA